AUGCAAACAAGUCGCAUUUCUUCUCUUUCAAAAGUCACCCCUCGCAAUAAUCGUGCCGAAACAAGAAACAAAGCAAAGGAUGAAUUGAGAAGAGUUAUUUAUUCUACUGAUAAAUGUUUUGUGCGGAAAUGGGAGAAGAGAUGGGUACUUCUUAAAGACAGCAGCAUUAGUAUAUACAAAUGGGUUCCAGUUUCCUCAAGCAGUGUAGUAGCCCCAAAAAUAGUCGCUCCAAAAAUACCCAACGGGGAAUGCGAAAAUAAUGAUGAAACUAUGCAAAGUGCAAUGUCUAUUGAGAAUAAUUCGAAUGAAGAAACAAACCUUCGAGCAUUGCGAGAUAUUGAUGAAGAAGAUUCAAAUGCUGCUGUAGAUUUUUCAGAUGCUGGAGUUUUUGACAGCGAUUCGCAAACAUUUGAUAGAAUUGAUUAUAAAAAUGCAAGUUCAGCAACAACCGGCGCAAUUGAUUUUAGUGGUAUGCGAAGUAGAGAGGCAGAUAAAGGCCAGGCGAGCCUUACAGAGGAUGAAGAUAAAAAUGAGCCAGGUGUAUUUCAACUUGGAUGAGUCAAAAAAAAUUUUUUCUGAAUCA